UGGCGGCGGCGGCGGUGCGCGGGCGCGGCACCCGGAAGUCGGCGGCGGCGGAGGCGACCUCAUGGCCCCGUGAGAGCAAGGCCCCCCUCGGCAACCAUGUGCAUCAUCUUCUUUAAGUUUGAUCCGCGCCCUGUUUCCAAAAAUGCGUACAGGCUCAUCCUGGCCGCCAACAGGGACGAGUUCUACAACAGACCCUCCAAGUCAGCUGACUUCUGGGGGAGCAACAACGAGAUCCUCAGCGGACUCGACAUGGAGGAGGGCAAGGAAGGGGGCACGUGGCUGGGCAUCACCACGCAUGGGAAGCUGGCGGCGCUCACCAACUACCUGCAGCCCCAGCUGGACCGCAAGGCCCGGGGGCGAGGUGAACUAGUGACCCACUUUCUGACCACUGAGGUGGACAGCUUGUCCUACCUGAAGAAGAUCUCUGUGGAAGGCCACCUGUACAACGGCUUCAACCUCGUAGCGGCUGACCUGAGCACGGCGAGGGGAGAUGUCAUUUGCUACUAUGGAAACCGGGGGGAGCCCGAGCCCAUUGUCCUGACACCAGGCGUCUACGGGCUCAGCAACGCGCUGCUGGACACGCCCUGGAGGAAGCUGUGCUUCGGAAAGCGGCUCUUCCAGGAGGCCGUGGCGCAGAGCCAGGUGCUGCCCAAGGACGUGCUGGUCGCCCAGCUCCUGGACGUGCUCAGCAACGAAGAGGCGCAACUACCAGACCCGGCCAUCGAGGACCAGGGCCAGGAGUAUGUGCAGCCCAUCCUGAACAAGUACGCGGCCGUGUGCGUGCGCUGCCCGGGCUAUGGCACCAGAACCAACACCAUCAUCCUCGUGGACGCAGACGGCCAUGUGACCUUCACUGAGCGCAGCAUGCUGGACAAGGACCCCUCCCGCUGGGAGACCAGCACCCAUGAGUUCACUCUGCAGAGUUAACCCCCACCUCUGGGUGCAGCCAGCGGGCUCAUGGGAGACUUUGCCUCAGGGACCAGCUUGGAAGGGCAACUUCCCUGGCCACACGGCACUGCCUGGGACUCGGCCAGCGUCCCCCAGGAUCAAGGGCUUCUGAUUUGUGUUUUCGGUCUUGUGUCCCUGUGCCCAGCUCCGAGUCUGCCCUUAUGCCAAUGGGGGGCAGCAAACUCUGACACCAGGUCUGGGAUGGGCCCAGGAGUGAAUACACGUGAACGUGUGCGUACACCUGGGCCCACCCCCUCACAUGUGCAAAGGCACACACAUGCACACACACAAGGCACGUGUGUGCACGCACACUUGCACAGAUUCAUGCACACGCACAUGUGCCAGGCAGGCGGGGAGUGCCUCUCACCCUUCACGCGCUUCUGGCCGGUGGGUCUUUGUUCUGCUCAAAUGACAGAAGUAGGCUUGUAUUUAGAAGUGGCCCCCCUCCUGGGGGGCAUAGGGCACGGGCAUGCUUUGAUUCCCAGCAACUAGCCCUACUCCUGUAGAGGAGACCGGCCCGUGUGGACACAGGCACGGGGAAGGCUGAGGAGAGCCCACCCUCACAACAGAAACACGGGCUUGGCGGCGGUGUCAGUGGUCCUGCCUGUGCACUGCGUGGCAUUGCGUGUUUGGACAGUUCCGCGCAUGCUGGGUGGUUCCAUGUGUGCUGAGUCUCUCGGGGCCCUGCUGGCCCAGUUGGGGGCUGUGGGUUCUGGCAGCCUGUAUCAGCAAGCGGGCACAGCCAGCCCCUGCCGUCUUCCUCAAGGGGUCGGACUUCAGGGAAUCUGUCCUUGAACACGAGCUGUUGAUAAUAAACUGCGGCUGUGGCAAGAGUGUGCGUCC